UGGGAAAAAACUCUUUGAACUUCCCUUCAUUUGCCCAAAUUCACUAGCCCCACUAGGACACUUCUCCAACGAAGGCCCUUUACGCGGACCGACCACGAGCACAUCAAUCUCUGUGUUUUCAAACCCUAGUUUUUCUAAUUCGAUCUGCGUAUCAAGCCCCGAUUGAUUUAGGGUUUUAAGGCAGAGAUGGACCUGGAAAUAGCGAAGACGCAGGAAGAGAGGAAGAAGAUGGAGCAACAGCUUGCGUCGCUGACAUCGGUCACCUUCGAUACGGAUUUAUAUGGUAAUGGAAACCGGAAGGAAGAUUAUUUGAGCUCGAUCCCCACUAACGAAGACGAUGAGAAUCCUGAUGCGAUGAUGGACUCGGAGGCUGCCCGCAAAUUGCCUUCGUAUACAGCCCCGAAGUCUUUGCUCAAGGAGAUGCCGAAGGGUGGGGACGACGACGCUGAUUUGGGGUUCAGGAAGCCACAAAGGAUUAUUGAUCGAGAAGAUGAUUACAGAAGGCGGCGGCUCAAUCGGGUGAUUUCGCCAGAGCGGCAUGACGCUUUUCUUGAUGCAGAUAAGACCCCAGACCCAUCUGUGAGGACUUAUGCGGACGUGAUGAGAGAGGAGGCGUUGAAGAGGGAGAAAGAGGAGACAUUGAGGGCAAUAGCAAAGAAGAAGAAGGAAGAAGAAGAGAAUAAGGAGAAGGAGAGGGAAUCGGGUGCGGCUCUGCCUACUCAGAAGAGGAGGAAUAGGUGGGACCAGGCUCAGGAUGAUGGUAGUGCGAAGAAAGCAAAGACAGCAUCAGAUUGGGAUAUGCCAGACUCAACUCCGGGGAUUGGCCGGUGGGAUGCAACCCCUACACCGGGGAGAGUGGGGGAUGCGACUCCAUCACUUUCAAGGAGGAAUCGGUGGGAUGAGACUCCUACACCGGGGCGACUGGCUGAUGCUGAUGCAACUCCAGCAGCUGGUGGGGCUACCCCUGGUGCAACCCCAGCAGGAAUGACCUGGGAUGCCACCCCAAAGCUUGCUGGGCUGGCAACACCAACUCCCAAACGGCAGAGGUCUAGAUGGGAUGAAACCCCGGUGACAAUGGGGAGUGCCACUCCAGUGCCAGGUGCUACUCCUGCUGCUGCAUAUACGCCAGGUGUGACUCCUGUUGGAGGGGGUGAACUUGCGACCCCUACGCCAGGUGCUAUUAAUCUACGGGGUGCGAUUACUCCAGAGCAGUUAAAUUUAAUGAGAUGGGAGAAAGAUAUUGAAGAUAGGAAUCAUCCAUUGACGGAUGAAGAGCUUGAUGCAAUGUUCCCGCAGGAGGGGUACAAGAUUUUGGAACCUCCUGCUUCAUAUGUCCCUAUCAGAACCCCAGCUAGGAAACUUCUUGCUACCCCAACCCCUAUAGGCACUCCACUUUAUAACAUCCCGGAAGAGAAUCGAGGGCAGCAGUUUGAUGUUCCGAAGGAAGCACCUGGUGGCUUGCCAUUCAUGAAACCAGAGGAUUAUCAGUACUUUGGGGCAUUGUUGAAUGAAGAAGAUGAGGAAGAGUUGUCUCCCGAGGAGCAGAAAGAACGGAAGAUUAUGAAGCUCUUGCUUAAGGUUAAGAAUGGGACACCUCCACAGAGGAAAACUGCUUUGAGACAACUUACUGAUAAGGCUCGUGAGUUUGGCGCUGGCCCAUUGUUUAACCGCAUUCUGCCAUUGCUUAUGCAGCCCACUCUUGAAGAUCAGGAGAGGCAUCUUCUUGUUAAAGUUAUUGAUAGGGUGCUAUAUAAGUUGGAUGAAUUAGUUCGCCCCUUUGUGCAUAAGAUACUGGUUGUGAUUGAGCCCUUGUUGAUUGAUGAAGAUUAUUAUGCGCGUGUAGAAGGGAGGGAGAUAAUCUCCAAUCUCAGUAAAGCUGCUGGAUUGGCCACCAUGAUUGCUGCAAUGCGUCCAGAUAUUGAUAACAUUGAUGAAUAUGUUCGGAACACAACUGCGAGGGCCUUCAGUGUUGUGGCUUCUGCCCUUGGGAUUCCAGCUCUCCUGCCAUUUUUGAAAGCUGUGUGUCAGAGUAAGAAGUCUUGGCAAGCUCGUCACACUGGAAUCAAGAUUGUCCAGCAGAUUGCCAUUUUAAUUGGCUGUGCUGUUCUUCCUCACCUGAGGUCACUGGUGGAAAUUAUUGAACAUGGUUUAAAUGAUGAGAAUCAGAAAGUGAGAACAAUUACUGCACUCUCUUUGGCUGCUCUUGCUGAGGCCGCUGCGCCUUAUGGAAUUGAGAGCUUUGACUCUGUUUUGAAGCCGUUGUGGAAGGGUAUCAGGUCACACCGUGGGAAGGUAUUGGCUGCAUUCUUGAAGGCAAUUGGUUUUAUCAUUCCUCUGAUGGAUGCAAUAUACGCCAGUUAUUACACAAAGGAAGUCAUGUUUAUCCUGAUUCGGGAGUUCCAGUCACCUGAUGAAGAAAUGAAGAAAAUUGUUCUGAAAGUGGUUAAGCAGUGUGUGAGCACGGAAGGGGUCGAGGCAGACUACAUACGAAAUGAUAUCCUCCCGGAGUUCUUCAAAAAUUUCUGGGUCAGGAGGAUGGCUUUGGAUCGCAGAAAUUAUAAGCAACUUGUGGACACGACAGUGGAAAUAGCAAAUAAAGUAGGUGUUGCUGACAUAAUAGGGAGAAUUGUGGAGGAUCUCAAGGAUGAGAGCGAGCCAUACAGAAGAAUGGUCAUGGAAACAAUUGAGAAGGUGGUUGCAAAUUUGGGUGCAUCUGAUAUUGAUGCUCGCUUGGAAGAGCUUUUGAUUGAUGGCAUUCUGUAUGCCUUCCAAGAGCAGACUAGCGAUGAUGCCAAUGUAAUGCUUAAUGGUUUUGGUGCAGUUGUAAAUGCUCUUGGGCAGAGGGUGAAGCCAUAUCUUCCCCAAAUUUGUGGAACCAUUAAGUGGCGCUUGAAUAACAAGAGUGCUAAGGUGAGGCAGCAAGCUGCUGAUCUUAUUUCAAGGAUUGCUGUUGUCAUGAAACAGUGCCAAGAAGAACAACUGAUGGGUCAUCUUGGGGUUGUCUUGUAUGAAUAUCUGGGAGAAGAGUAUCCGGAAGUUUUGGGAUCAAUACUAGGGGCUCUCAAAGCUAUUGUCAAUGUUAUUGGUAUGACAAAAAUGACUCCUCCGAUAAAGGAUUUGCUUCCUCGACUGACCCCAAUCUUGAAGAAUCGGCAUGAGAAGGUGCAGGAAAAUUGUAUUGAUCUUGUUGGUCGAAUUGCUGACCGUGGGGCUGAAUUUGUCCCGGCAAGAGAAUGGAUGAGAAUUUGUUUUGAGCUUCUUGAGAUGCUUAAAGCCCAUAAAAAAGGUAUCCGGCGAGCAACUGUGAACACUUUUGGCUACAUUGCAAAAGCCAUUGGACCACAGGAUGUCCUGGCAACAUUACUGAACAAUCUCAAAGUGCAGGAGCGUCAGAACCGCGUGUGUACUACUGUGGCCAUUGCAAUAGUUGCAGAAACAUGUUCGCCUUUUACAGUACUACCAGCAUUGAUGAAUGAGUAUCGUGUACCAGAACUCAAUGUGCAGAAUGGUGUUUUAAAAUCACUCUCUUUUCUUUUUGAGUACAUUGGUGAAAUGGGUAAAGAUUAUAUAUAUGCAGUCACUCCACUGCUUGAGGAUGCUCUCAUGGAUAGAGAUUUGGUACAUAGGCAAACUGCUGCAUCUGCUGUUAAGCACAUGGCUUUGGGAGUGGCUGGUUUAGGUUGUGAGGAUGCUUUAGUACACUUGCUGAAUUAUGUAUGGCCAAACAUAUUUGAGACUUCUCCGCAUGUUAUUAAUGCUGUCAUGGAAGCCAUAGAAGGGAUGAGGGUUGCCUUGGGUGCUGCUGCAGUCCUGAACUAUUGUCUGCAGGGGCUCUUCCAUCCUGCAAGAAAGGUUAGGGAAGUUUACUGGAAGAUUUAUAACUCACUGUAUAUUGGAGCUCAAGAUGCACUGGUGGCUGCUUAUCCUGUGCUGGAGGAUGAGGCGAGCAACAUAUAUAGUAGGCCUGAGUUGGUGAUGUUUAUAUGAGGUUUAGUUUGUUCUUCAUGCUUCAGGCGAAUCUACAAGAGGCUCUUGGACUGGACAGGCUAGGACCUCUCCCGGGGUUCUUUCCUUGGCUGCUGCAGUUUGAAAAUAAACUUCUUUACUUCUGCCUCCACCUCCAGAAGACUUUUUCCCCCCACCCCCAAAAGACUUUUCAGCUGGUGUCGUGUACCCCUUUAGUGAGUGCCUGAAUAUAAAUUAGUAAUGCAUCAUAUUCCAUUUGCUUUCAGUGAGAUUAUUUUUUAUUGA